UAUGUAUCUAACAACAUAUAAAAAUCGAAUGUGGACCUACUUAUUUUUCAAUUGAAUGUAAUUGACUACCUAAUUGAGUGCCACCUAUGCAUUGGGGCCUCUUUUAAUUAAUACAAAAUUGAGGUUACAUCUUUUCAAAUGUUCCUCAAUUAAUAUAUAAGGGAUCUGAUCCAUUGGCUUUGGUUAAUGAUUCAUACAAUUUGGACCGCCAAGUACAUUCUCGAUUAAAUAAAAUCAUCCAUUUUCUUUUUAUUUUGUUCUUUUUGUCAACUUCCUAAGUUUAUUAAUUUGAUUGUUAAAAGAUUAUACAAAUACAUGUAUAAGAUUUAGAUUUUUAUUUCCUAUAGCCAUAGAUAAAAAUUUCCUAUUUGCACUGGUAUAUUUUAAUUGCGAGCUUUAAUAUGUAACAUUAUUUUUCAUAUUUAGCGCCAAAUUUGUAAAGAAGAGCUUAUCACAGAUUUACAAACAUGGCAUACACUAGAAAAAUCUAUAAACUCUCGAUUAAAUUAAUAAACAUAAUAAACUAAUAAUUUUUAUGUAUGUACACUUUUAUGUACAAACAAACCAUUAUAUUUUUCAUUUUAUAUUCUCAAUGAAACUGUCUUUAUAAUUUAUUAAAAAUUUAAUAUAUUUGAUAAGAUUUAGUAAAAUUAAAUCUAAAAACAUAUUUAAAUUCUAUGAAACAUAUAUUAUAUACAUAAACUAAUUUAAUCAAACCAAUAUAACGUUGAAUUACAAAAAAAAUUAAUUAACGUAUUUAUACUAAAAUCAAAUAUAUUUUAUUUAAAAAAUAUAUUUGUUGAAAACAAAAAAAAACAAAAAAAAAUAUUUUUUGUAAAUUAAUAAAUCUCUAAAUUAAUAAAAUACCAUAAUUCGAAUAUUAUUAAUUUAUACAUUUUUACUGUAUAUCAUCAUAUUAAUAGCAUAAAACUUGGACUGACUAAUAAAUAUUGGAAGAAUAUCUUUUUAACUAAUUGAGUUAACGCCUCUCAAUUGGAUUGGACUUCCAAUGAUUAUUUAUCAUUAUUUGAAAUUUUAAUUAUGAAUCACUCAGUAAUGACUAUUUUCAUCACAACUACAUCAACAUAAGGCUUCAUCGUUUCCACAUUUUUUUUUAUAAUUCAUCAUUUCCACAUGACUACAGAAAGUUUAUAUAUCGUUCGUAGGACAAAUGAUAUAAUAAUGUUGUGCUUGGCAGAGUCAGAAAUUUAAAAUACAUAAUCUGGAAACUUAAUUAGAAAACAAGUUAAGGAUACAAUGACCAAUGCUAGAAGAAUAUAAACAAUAACUGUACAAGAUCAAAAUUUCAAAGAUAAAUUAUAUGAUGAAUUAGGUGUUACAUGAUAAAUUAUAAAAAUACAAAGAUAAAAAUAACAUGUCGGUAUACCAUUUGAAAACAUAUGCAACACCUUAUAUACCAAUAUAAACAAACAAAAAUGUUGUUUUAUGAUUUAAAGAACAGUUGUUAUGUUAUUUUUCUUCAAAGAAAUGAGAAAAUUUAAUUUAUAAAAAUUAACAAAUCAAAAACUAGAUCACACGAAGGAAAAACACAUAUUAUAUUAAAUUGAUAGCUCACAAUUAUAUCUCCAAGAUACAACACAACCAAAGAGCCAUCACAAUCUCACAAAUAUCCUCGAUUACACAACAAAUAUUUAAAACAUAACCAAAAAACUAAACGUACAAUACUACAAAGUAACACAAACAACAACAAAAAAGCCAUUUAAAAAAAACAUCUAAAAUAUUACUCCCUCCGUCGUUUUAUAUAAGUCGUUUUACAGCUAUGCACGUAGAUUAAGAAAAUCAUUAAUUUCUUAUAUUUUUUAAACAAAAAAUCAUUAAUUAUUUACUUAACCACAAUUCAAUCAAUAAAAAAAUAGAAGAUAUAUUAUCAUUGGCCAUACAACAUUAGUUAUUAAUAAAUUUUACAUAGAAAACCGACAUAUAAUUUGGAACAAAAAAAUUUCUCUAAAAUGACUUAUAUAAAAAAACGGAGGGAGUAUACAAUUACUUCUAUCAUACAAUGCAACAUGAAUAAACAACCAAGAGAAUACGAUUUCCAACCAAAUAAAAUAUUUCAUAAAUACAAAAAGUUAAAGGAAUCCAUUUAUUAAAUGAUGUAUCUCAUGGAUUUUUCCCAUUUUAAUGGUCGUGAAACUCAAAUUUAGAAAAAAUAAGAAAUUUCUUGAAAAUCACAACAAAAGUUAACACAUAACUAAAACUAAAAUUACAAAAUAGCUGUUAAAAAAAUAAAAAACAUUGUGCGAAGCGUAGAAUUUUUUCAAAUAAUCACAAAAGUUAUGAUAUAAAGCACAACUAUAAAUUUAUUGAUUCCAAUCAAAUAUUUAAAUCUAUCCACUUUCAGUUUUCAAUGAAGUAAGAUAACUUCUAAAUCAAAACUCAUAUAUUACUGAUAUCUUUAAAUAUAAAACACAAAAAAAACUACAGAAAGAGAAAAUAAAGAAAGUAUAAAUCAAAUGAAAAAUACAUAAAGAAUAUACAAUUUAACGUACCAUGAGAUUCACCAUCCCAACUCCAGCUUCCUUAUUCACGAGAAUAGCCAAUACGUCAUGACAGCCAGCAACAAUAUAACAUAACUGCUGAUUUUAAUUUUACUCUUCCCAUCACGUACAAUAAUUCCAACACAAUUGUAAGACUAGAUAUCAACCUUAUCAUCACCAAUUUGAGAAAACUAUUAGGCAUCCGAUGACAGAACAAAAAUACAAUACAUGCACUAUACGCUUCAGAAAUUACAACUAUAGAAACAACCUAUGCUCUCCUACUUGCGGUCAUAAUUUUCAUUUUUACUUCAUUAAUGAAUGGGUUUGUAGAAACAUAAGCUAUCCACUAUGCAGGAAAACACAUCUAUGAUUUCAGACAUCUUUACAAUAUAGAAAAGGGGUUGUAAGUUUAAAAAAAUCAUAAUUGUAUUUUUUUCUUCCUUUAAACCGUUUACUAAUUCUAUUGUCUCCUAAGAAUAAACAAUUCUAAUAACUUAUACCUAGCUUAGAUCAUACUCCUUUUGUUUUUAUAUAUAAGUAGUUUAGGUAAAAAAAGUUUAGUACUGACACAAAAUAUAUCAACUCAAAAUAAUUCCUUAUAAAAAAAUAAAAUAUAUUUACAAAAGGAAUAUAACAAGAAAAAUAUUUUAAAAAUAUAGACAACCCGCGCGUAGCGCGGGCACACCACUAGUAUAUAUUAUUUUGAGAUAAAGGGAAGUAUUAUUUAUAGAAUUAAAUUAAGUACUGUAUUUUUGCGCAUUUAAUAUAUUCUUGAUGUUAUCUAUGCCAAAAAUAUCGCGCGAAAACAGAUCUCGUAUAUAAAUGUAAAGAUUUCAACAGAACCAAACAAUAUUUAGUAAUCCAAACCCUAGAGAAGACGAAUCUGCCGAAGCCACUAGUGAAUCUGAGAGGCAACGAGAGAGCACCAGUGUGGUUAGACCUACCUUUCUUGUUCAACAAUCUUACUCUACACUUCUCUACAUAACCCUAAUCCAUUAAGCAAUAUUGCUUGUUCUCUAAGUUUCUCGUGCUUUGAUUUCUUCACUCCUCUACUUUUGAAUGUAUUCAUGUUCAUUUUACUCUAGUGCGAUGUUGCCUAUGCAUAUUAACUAAAGAUUCAAAUAGCUUUUGUGUUAAGCCCUUUCAGUUUCGUACUGUGAUGCAGGUCUUGUGUCUGAACCUGAAAGAAAACAAUGAGCGAGAGAGGAGUAGCAUGUCGUCGCAGGACUGGAGAAGACAUGAUAAGCUUAUUACCUGAUCACUUGCUCUGUCAGAUACUCUCUGAUGUUCCUACAAAGACGGCUGUAGUGACUAGUGUUUUGUCCACCAGAUGGAGAACUAUCUGGCUUUCGACUCCUGUCUUGGAUUUGCACACUGAUGAUUUCCCUAACUUCACUGCCUUUGCAAGCUUCAUCUCUUGGUUUCUAGAUUUCUCUAAGGGCUCAUCAUGCUUACACAAGCUCAAACUUGAUUUGGUCUCUAAAAGACCUAUUCAAGAGAUCUUUAUAGAGUCAUCAUGGGACCUUGCUUUUGUGAGAGGUUAUCUUGAUCCCUAUUACUUGAUAACAGAUUGGAUCAACAAAGCAGUUACACGUAAAGUUCAACAUCUAGAUAUCUCAUAUCCUUGGAUUGUGGAGAUGAUGCCACUAAGCAUCUACACGUGUGAGACUCUAGUAUCCUUGAAACUCCAAAACGUGCCAUUGGCUGAUUCCCAGUACGUUUCUCUACCUCUUCUCAAUACCAUGCAUCUAGUAGAAAACAUAUACGCUAGUGAUGCUCUUCUUGAGAAUCUCGUCUCAUCUUGCCCGGUUCUUGAAGAUUUAACAGUUGUUAGAAAAGGAGAUACAGUGUACAACUUUGAGGUUUUACGAGUGCGUUCUCAGUCAUUAAAGAGUCUCGUAGUUGUUCUUAGUGGUAGGGAGUGGUGGUACAAAGCUUGUAGGGUUGCUGUGAUUGAUGCUCCUGGACUCAACUAUUUGAGUCUUAAAGAUAACAAGUUCACAAGUUAUGUAAUAAGCAGUUUGAGUUCAUCUGCCAAGGUAGACAUUGAUGUCAGUUUUGAUGUGGAAAGAAGUGGUCAAACAACUUUAAUUGACUCCUCAAAGAGAAGUGCAUUGAGAAGUUUCUUCAGCAUGCUUUCGAGCGUAAGGGACAUGACUAUAAGUCUAACAACUUUAGAGUGCAUAUGUCUCUACUUGAAACAUGAACCACUGCCUCAGUUUCCUUACUUGAUCAGAUUACAUGCGGUCUUGUCUAACUCUGAUUUGGGAAAUUUGCCGAACAUUCUUGAGAGCUGUCCAAAUCUCAAAUCCCUUGUCUUGGAGUUGAAUAAUUUUAGGAAGGAGGAACUACUUAUUUUCUCAUCAUCAGCUCCGGAAUGUUUAAGAUUAUCACUGGAGUGCGUUGAGAUAAGAACACCGAUAAGAGGAGCUGUAGCUGAAAUCGAACUAGUGAAGUACUUCCUGGAGAAUUCGGCAGUGCUCAAGAAGAUUAAGAUGCGUUUGCGUCGUGGGAUAAUGAACAACGAGUCAAACAUUUGCAUGCAACUCUUGAGAUUGAGGAGAUGCUCUCCUUGUGAAGUUGUUGUUGAAGAGUUAGAAGACACUUUUCAAGGAUUGGAUUUUUACUCUGAAUUGAUGAAUGGUUGUUUUUUUAAAGACCUUUAAGUAGAAGUUGCCUGGUAGACAGUAAAGAC